UUGUCAUUGACAAUGCCAAUGUCGUCGAUUUCGAAAGACGGGGCUGCACCCGCAGCGAAGGACGCACCCUUGAGCUCGACACCGGCUAUAUCUUCCACGCUCGUUGUCGAACAAACGCCGUAUUCUCGAACGGGCAAGUCGCGGACGAGCAAGACGAGCGAUCGGCGCGCUCGUUCCAGCGGACCCAUCCCAACGCCACUGCACAAGAAACGCCGUCGCCGCUUGGUAUACGCAAUCAAGCUCACGGAGGAAGGCAUGAGAUCGUUCAACGAGGAGCACUUCGGACCUCCGCCUGCUGGGCUCACCGAGGAGCAGUACGAGACCUGGUGGGAAAAGCGACAAUGCAGUCUGUCCGCUAUCAUACCUAGGCACUGCAUCCACCGCUUCAACCUGCAUGCUGCGAAUCCGAGUCUGGUAACCCUCAUCCGUGACGGGAAUACCCUUGAAUCGGCGGUGGCGUUCGCAGACAACUCCUCUCGUCGCACCAGUGCGCUGCCAUCCCCGCAGCUCGUCGCCGAUGUUGCCAAGUAUAUGCAUCAGGAGGGCGACAGGCCGCAGUGGUAUAGGUUCGCCAAGACGGGUGAUUAGUCGCUCGAGAAUGUAUUGGGGGCGCUUACCUCGCAAAAUGCCUCAAGGGCCCGAAUCUUGUCACUCCUCCACACAUUACCCUCUGCUCAACCGCACCAUCAUCCGGAUCGUUCAUCAUCCCACAUAUGCCCUUGCUUUGCUCAUGCUGUCCUGUGCAAUACUUUCUGUGUAAUACCACAGUAAUUGACAAAUUCAAUCACUUGUUCGCUGCGCGCGGUGCCUCGU